UUCUCACAUCUGCCGCGCGCGCUCUCUUCGAUUUCUGCCGCUCUCUCUGCCGUCCGCCGCCACCCCCACCUCCUCCGGUCCGUCCAAGCGCCAAGCAGGCAGCACAGAAGCAGUCCGCCGCCCAACCCUCGCCGGCUCGCCCCGCUCCGUCUCCUUCGAUUGACAGCAACAGUGCGCGACUGCGACGUGCCUCCACCCUCACCUAGGCUUCACCGUCGCUCCGCCACGCCUCCUUCGGCCUCGGUACCUCCGUCCGCGACUUCGCAGCAGCAGUUUCCAACGCCCAGUUCCCAACAUCAGAAUCGCGGAGGAUGUCGGCGCCGGAGGUCAUGUAUGAUGUCGUAAUGAAGCCGAAGUUGCUCCGAUCGCUGCUGAGGGAGUACGUUCCCGAUGAGAAACACCCCUUCACUAACCCUUCGGAGCUGUCGUACGUUGUCUCCACCGUCAAAACGCAUAAAUUGCUAUCAGAACGGACACCGCCGGAGGCCCAACAGGAUUUGGUGGAUGCUUGGAAAUCGGCCGUUGAUUCUUGGGUCAAUCGAUUGCUCGUGUUGGCGUCUAGCAAUUUGCCAGAUAAGUGUUGGGCUGGGAUAUGUUUGCUUGGAUUGACCUGUCAAGAAUGCAGUUCAGAGCGCUUUUCAACUUCAUAUGAUGUUUGGUUGAACAAGCUUCUCGUUCAUGUGCAGCCUUCAGAAUUUUCUCAUUUUGUGAAGGCGGCUUCUUGUGCCUCUCUAUCAGAUAUGUUUACAAGGCUGGAUGAAUUUUCAAAUGUGAAAAAGGAUGCAACUUCACAGGCAACAAAAGUUGUUCAGCUGUCACUGAAGCUGUUAAAUGAGGAGAGCUCCUCUGUUGUAUUGGAAGAAGCUAUGUGUCUCAUUCGUACCUUGAUUUAUCACUUUCCUUCGUCAGUCCACCGACAUUAUGAAUCUGUUGAAGCUGCCAUUGUUUCAAAGCUCAUAUCUGGAAAAUGCUCUCCCAGUGUUUUGAAGAACCUGGGUUGUGGCUUAUCACUGCUUCCAAAAUCGAGGGGAGAUGAGGAUAGCUGGUGCGUAAUGAUGAACAAGAUUUUACUUUAUGUAAACAGCCAGUUGAAUGAUGCCUUCCAGGGUCUAGAAGAAGAGACCAGAAGCGCUAAAGCAAUGAGGGCUUUGCUUCCCGCUGGCAAAACCCCCCCACCUCCACUAGGAGGCUCAGCAACGUCUGAACAAAACUCAGAUAUUUCAACCAGGAGUCCCGAGCGACUGCUGGCAUCCAGAAUUUCUUCUCUUCUGCAGUGCUGUUCUGACAUGCUGACAACUUCUUACCCUGUUAUGGUUCAAGUUCCUAUUUGUGGCCUUAUAUCCCUUUCCGGGAGGGUGCUAUUGGUUGAUGGUUCCUUGCCGCUGUCCUCGUAUUCUUUCAUGACCACCUUGAAACAAGAAUUUAUUUGUUCAGAAAUCCCGAAUCUGCAAUUCCAAAGUCUGGAAAUCCUCACAGCUAUUGUCAAGGGGUUGGGCAGCCAAGUAUUACCUUAUGUUGCGGAAAUUUUAGAGCUGCUGAAAGAAUACUUGACCAGAUGUAAAAUCCCUGAUCUGAAGAUAAAAGCAUACUCAAUUCUGAAAGUCCUGCUGAUGUCAAUGGGCGUUGGGCUUGCAAUUCAUGUUAGCCAGGAUAUUGUCAGCAAUGUAUUUGUUGAUUUAGAUUUGUUUGGGAAUGAGAAGGACAUCAAAAGCUCAGGUACAGACACAAAGGUCCAGCCAGAAUUGUUCAUUGAGUUCCACAAUAAGAAAAGGAAGCGUACUAAGAGUUCGUUGCAAGAGCAGCCUGCUCAUGGUGGUCCGGAAGCUGAAAUGUUGAAUAAUUUAACUCCUUUGUCCUUGAAGAUAGCAGCAUUGGAGGCACUAGAAGCACUUCUAAAUGUGGGUGGUUCAAUUAGAUCUGAAAGCUGGCGAGGAGAUGUUGAUAAGCUACUUGUAACUGUGGCCACAUAUGCUUGCAGCGGGGGUUCCAAGGAGGAAAGGAAGAUUCUUCUAUCAGGUGAUGCUACGCCUACGUGGUCAGACUUCCAAGUAGCUGCCUUACGUGCACUUUUGGCAUCUCUUCUGUCGCCUGGCAGAGUACGCCCAUCGCACCUGGCUAUCGGUCUAGAGCUUUUCCGUAGAGGCACGCAAGCAACGGGCACACAGCUUGCUGAGUAUUGUGGGCAUGCACUGCUGGCCUUAGAAGUGCUCAUACACCCGAGGAGCCUUCCCUUGUCGGAUUUCCAUUCUAGUGGUGAUGACUAUAAAGCUCUGGGCCACUUGCGCGAUCCUGUGUACCCUAGUGGAGACGGACGAAUUCCCAACUAUCAACCUGAUGAGCCUGAAUCAGAAGAAGAUGAUCUAAUCGAAAAUUGGCUUGGAAAAGAUGAUGAAAUGGAGAUUCAAGUCACCAAGAGGCAACAUGACACGCCCAGGGACCCUGCUGAUGAGAUCACUUCUGGUAUGAACGCCCCCAAGAAAAGCGAGGUUACAUCCUCAGGAAAUGUCCCUGACAACAAAGGCAUGGCGUCUACUGAUGAUGUGGUUGAAGCUCUACGCCUGAAAAAUACCAGUGACCAAAGUGGAGGUGUGUUAGAAAGUGUCGAGCUAGAGCCUACGACUAGGAGAGCUGCAGCAUCAGUAGAGAACGACACAACAGACAAGAGUGGCACAACUUCUGUUUCAGAAACCACGGGUAAUGAGUUUUCUACUAUAUUUGAAAGAAUAUCUGCUACACUAUCGAAUAUCGACAGAAGUAAAGAGACGAUGUUUGAAGCAGACGAUGAGGCUGCAGAUAUAUUUCCAGAUAUCGUGGAUGGCGAUCCAGAUUCCGACUAGAUUGAAGCUUGAAAUAUAAGAGGGGUGUUCUGGUAUAUGUUCAACACCAAGUUUUGAUGGAUGAAAGUAAAUUAUUUACUGUAGUUUCUGUACUAUUUUAACUGUCAUUACUCACUAAAACUAAUUGUUUCAAAGAAUAUUAGCUUGUUACGAUAUGUGGUUUCUUCACAACGUAUGUUUGAGUCAUUUAAGCAGGCUGAACCAUCAAAUAUUUUUAUUUGUUAUUACUAAAAUUAUUUUAAUAUUU